AUGAGGAUGCAUAAGAUUUCAUGGGAGGCCCGGGCCGCCGCCAAGCGAGCGGCAACUCUGGAUAAGAUUCAUCCUGACUGGAAAUUAGCCUCGCGGGACAUCGAACGAGCCCGUCAACAACGCGACCUAACAGGCUCCUUCAUCGAACAGUUCCUGGAUGAAAAGAUGGUUUCUAUCACUUCGAUGAAGAGUCCAGAAAUUGUAAAGGCAGUUGCUGAACGGAGUGUUUCUGCGUCUCAAGUUGCACAGGCGUUUUGUAAGAGAGCGGCCGUUGCUCAUCAAAUAAAUAACUGUCUUCAUGAGAUAUUCUUCGACCAGGCGCUCGAACGGGCCAAGUUCUUGGACGACUACUACGAGAAGCACAACAAACCGCUAGGACCACUUCAUGGUCUUCCCAUCAGCCUAAAAGACCAACUCCACGUUAAGAGCGUUGAUACGACCAUGGGCUACGUUGGUUGGAUCGAUGGAAAUCUAGGCAUACCGAAAGACAAAACCCACAAGGUGGAAAGUCAAAUCGUCACUGAGUUGCUGUCGCUUGGGGCAGUGCUUUACUGCAAGACAAGUCUCCCACAGACUCUUCUUUUUGGGGAGACCAAGAACAACAUCAUUGGCCAAACCUUGAACCCAAUUAACCAAAACCUGUCAUGUGGCGGAUCCUCAGGAGGCGAAGCAGCACUGAUGGCAUUGGGCGGUAGCUCCCUCGGCGUAGGCACUGAUAUCGGUGGCUCACUUCGAAUUCCUGCUGGAUUCUGCGGCAUCUAUUCCAUCAAGCCCACAUCCAACAGACUUUCCUAUCGCGACGUUGCAAAUACCAAUCCGGGGCAGGAUACAUACCGGUCUUCGAUUGGGUUCAUGGGAACAUCACUUGAAGCGAUUGAGUUGGUGUUCAAGGCAGUUAUUGGCACAGAGCCGUGGCUAAAGGAUCCAGCCGUUAUUCCCAUCCCUUUCAGAAGUGGUUGGCAGGAUUCUUAUUUGUCAAGGGUAGAUUCACGAGGAAACGCCAAGUCGACUGAAAAGCCUUUGAAGAUGGGCGUUUUAUGGUCUGAUGGCAUGGUAGGGCUGCAUCCACCUGUUCUUCGCGGGCUACAUGUUGUGGUAGACGCUCUGAAAAAGGCCGGUCACAAGGUAGUUGACUGGGAACCGCCUUCGCACAAAACCACCACGAGUAUUCAUGGAGAUUUCCUUAGUGCAGACGGGGCACAUGACAUUCACCAACAUCUAGAUCGGUCUGGAGAGCCCCUUAUACCCGAGAUAAAAGACGGGUUUCAGCUCAAGCCUCCGACAGAGUUAUUGAAGUAUCAGGAUCUAACUCUGCAGGGUCUUGAACACGAGCGUCAAUACUCAGAUUACUGGAAUUCGACUGCAGAUUCAGAUGGACAAAUUGUGGAUGCCGUUCUUAUGCCGGUGGCGCCACAUGCAGCUGUGAUACCGGGAAAGUUUUACCACGGUGCGUACACUGAUACAAUGAACUUGACCAACUAUUCGGUUGUUGUUAUCCCCACGAUACGAGCGGAUGCCAAGAUCGACGUGUUCGAUGAUUCAUACAAGCCACUGGGAGACACAGACCGUAAAAACUGGGAAGCUUAUGAUCCGGCUACUUACGAUGGAGCGCCAGUGGGGAUUCAAAUUGUCGGAAGAAAGUUCGAAGAAGAGAAAUGCUUGGCUCUAGCAAAGAUUGUUCAGAGCGUACUUGAAAACACAGAUUAG